AUGAGUGGCCUUGAUGAAACCCCCUGCACCAUGGAGCCCAUACCACCCGCAGGAGCCUUCGUGAAAGUGACGGAAAGUAUGUACCGCGUGUACCACUGCCCCGAAGGCUACGGCUUUGACAACGGAGACCCAUGGUUCCUCAUAAAGUGCGAGAGCGGCAUGUGGAAGAGUAGCUCCUACAAGCCGUACUGCCUCGCCUCUCCAGUGGUUACCAUGAACCACGAGACUGCCAUGGUCACCACUAACGCCAUGGCGACCGUGGACUCUUGGAGCGGGAUGACUACUCAUAACCCUGGGACGACCACCGCUUCGCCAACGAAUGCCAUGUGGCCCCGCGACACAAGCCCCGCUAUGCCAAACACUUUAACAACCAACACAACUGCAGCAACCAUAGCGCCGAGGGAGAACGCAACGGUAGGACUCAUGAGCAACCAUCCACUCCAGUAUCGUGAUCACUUCGAUGAGCAUUGGCUGUCACCCCAACGAUACAUGUGUUCUAGUAGGUGCGACAGGAGAGUGCAGGGACACCAAGAGCUCAGCAAAUGUAGAUCUUCCAUUUGUGAGGUUGAAGUGUUCAAUUUGCCUCUUAAAGUGGAUGUUUUUGUUGGUCCUGUGCGAUCCUUUGGUUUGAGAUUUUGA